AACAUUGUUACUUCGACACGGUCUGCAUUUGGGUCGUACCUGAAACGUGAUAGUUACAAGCCUGGCUGGAGUUAGCGGUGGAGGCAGAAUCAAUAUCCACCUUCGUAAUAUGGAUGAAGCCUGAGCUGUAAUCUGAAGCUAGCUAGAUUCAUAGUACAUCUAACCAAUCUGCUUUGUAGUUUACCCAUCAGGUUUCAGGGACAAGUAAGCAAGUGUUGAUGUUUUGAUGUUGGAAUUAUUAUGCCUUAAUUAUCAUGCCUUUUUUUUUGAUGGGGAGCAAACAUUAUUUUCAUGGAAAGAAUUAGACCACAUUAAUCUAAAUAUACACUUUCUCAAAUUGUUUUGUCUCAUCCCAGUAACCUAGUUACCGGUCUUGAUUGAAUUGGGCCCAAAAUCUACACUCAGCAGCACUCAGUUGUACAGUCCUUGUGCAAGUUCCUGGUUAGAGAGUUGUAAUGAAUAGCGAUGAGUGGCUAACAUUAACAGUAUUUAGCUGGGUUGGGUUUAAAUUCAAUUUCAAUUCCAAUAAAUUAAUUUACGAAAUUAAAUUUGAAGUGAUGUCCACUCACAGCAGCGCAGUGAGAUUUAGCAUACGUUGUGAUUGGUCAGGAACCAGGAACGGUGGGAGUCUAACUACUCUGAUUGGCAGGGAAACAGGAACAGUGGAAGCCUAACUACUCUGAUUGGUCCCUAAGGUGCUAAAGGACAUGAUGAAUGCCAUCGAUGCUGGGAUUAACAAUCUGGUGCUGCUGGGACUCAAGACAAGAAGCACCGACAGUCAGACUCUGGCUCCUCUGGUUAACUCAAUCAGUGUACAUGAUUCAGCAUAUGACAAUAGACUCCUUAUGUCCUAGAACAUUUGUUAUGUGCUCUAUGGUUCAACUACUGUACAUCUUGAUAAAGCUUUAUUCAAUUCUGUUUGAGAUUAUACUUUUAAAUGUCACCCCAAAGUCAUGUCUUAUCCAGUUAUGUCUUAUCUUGUCCCUGUCUUAUCCAAAAUCUAUCUAUUCAUGGCCCUCAUACUUUGUUGACAGGACUGGAUCAGAAAUAAGUCUGUACACACAUACAAUAGAUACUUGUUUGGAUUGGUGUGCUGUUUACUUUACCAUGCUGUUAGUCUCUUCACACAGCCACAAUGUCUCCUUCGCUACGAGUCUACCAUGCAACGAGACUACCCCGCUGUUUACUUGACUGUUUUUAACAAAGAACCCUGCCUCUCUCUCUCUUUUCUAGCUCUCGCUCAGAUGGCAGAAAUGGACAGGCAGCACAUCUGGAGGAUGACGCACUUUAACAAGCCUGUGUACUGCAGCGUGCAUCGGAGCCUCAGGAAAUGAGGCCUUUCCUGCAUCUGUGCCGGCUCAUGGCUGGGUCAUUGCUGACUGUGACUCCAGUAAGUGUCCCUUCUGCAACAAGAAGAUCAAGACCCUGGCAGUGAAGCACUGGGUGUGGUGCCAACAAAUGCGCCAUGACGAAUGUGUGAUCUUUGGGUCAUCAUCGUGCGACUCUAAGAGACCACAUUCUGCCACCAUGGGCCAUAUACUCAGUCUCCAAGAGAAGGAUGAAGAGGGAAGGAGGAAUUCCACGGAGGACACUAGCCUAGAGGACAUCACCCCAGACGGUCACAUUCUGCAGAUUGCUCCAAUUCCAGACACCCACCCUCUUCUGGUGUUUGUGAACCCAAAGAGUGGAAGGAAGCAGGGGGAGAGAGUGAUGAGGAAGUUCCACUAUUUAUUGAACCCACGGCAGGUCAUCAACUUCUCCGACGGAGGACCUGGACCCCGACCCGAGUGACAAGCGGAUUGAGGUGGUGGGGUUGUCGGGCUAUCGAAAUGGGUCAGAUCUAUUCUGGGCUGAAGUGUGCUGGACACAGACUGGCUCAAACCUCACAGAUCACUAUCAGGUAGACUUUAAUGCUCUAUACACAAGUCUUAAAGGUUUUAUGCCUUUUACCUUUUGUUAAUUAAAAUGGAUCUGUCUCUCUGUCUUGUUGCCUUUCUCAGGACAUAUAAAGCACUGCCUAUGUAGAUUGAUGGUGAGCCCUGGAUGCAGCCUCCUUGCACGUGCUAAUAUUAAUAUACUUUUAUACUUGAUAUAAUAAAUGUAAUAUAUUAAGUGAGGUUGGCCUUGGGUGUCACGCCCUGACUUUAGUUAUAUUUGUUUUCUUUAU